AUGUCGAAGCUCCCAGGAGCAGGGCGGCCUGCUGUGACAGACCUGCGGCUGCAGCAGAAGGCGCUCCGCGUGGCCGGCGUGUGGGCGCCGACCGGAGGGAAGGCGUCGCUGGUGUACAGCUACGGCGUCUACUCUGGCCUCGUGGUGCUCUCGGUGGUGACGUUUCUGGCCAGCCAGCUGUCCGCCAUGCUGCACUUCUGGGGAGACAUCCUCAGCGUCACCACCAACGCCUGCGUCACUUUCACCUACGCCAUGUCCACCUUCAAGUUUAUUGUCUUGCUCAAGAUGCGCCCAUUAACCAACAAACUCAUCGAGGAGCUUGACCGCUGCAUGGAGUGCUACGGGCAGAAUUACGCACAUCAGAAGGCGUCCAUAUUCGGCACGUGCGCUCUCAGAAGUCGGCGCGUUUCCCAGAUGCAGCUGUUCGUUGGGGUGUCCAUAUACGUGGUCUGGGAAGUGGUCCCCCUCCUGCGCGUUCAGAGCUGCUCCAGCACAGAGUGUCGCAUCCAGAGCGGCUUCCCUGCGCUCGUCUGGUACCCGUUCUCCUUCACAGAGACGCCACUCUACCAGGUGGUAUUCGCUGUGGUGUCGACAGGCCUGUUCUACGGCUGUUUCAUCUCCGUCUCGCUGGACGGCGCCUUCUGCUCACUCAUGAUCUAUGUGGCUGGCCACCUACGAUUCCUCAACUUCAUGGCAAGGAACAUGUGCAGCGGCGAGCAGAAUGGAAGCAGGAACAGGACUCCACCUGGUCGCCGUGUGACUCCCGCCACAGAUCCCGAAGAGCAAAUGAGGAGUCGCCUUCGAGAGUGCGUUCGCUAUCACAAUGAUAUUGAGAGGUUAAUCCAGCGACUGAGUACACUGGUGGGUCCCAUCAUGCUGGGCCAGUUUCUAGCUGACAUGAUCACUGUCAGCGUCAGCGCAUUCGUCACCACGACUCUGAAGGCGGAUUCAGGAUGGCUUUUCAAGUACGGCUCCUACCUCUCUGGGAUUGCGGAGCAGAUGUUCCUGUACUGCUGGUUCGGAGAUGAGAUCCUAGCUGAGAGCGAGCGCCUGCAGGUCUCUGUGUACAGCUGCGACUGGACCGGGGGAUCCCCGCGCUUCCUCAGGGAGCUGCGCAUUUUCCAGUGCCGCACAGGGCGUCCCCUGCUGCUCACCGCCAGCAAGUUCUACACCAUCACCAGGGAGACAUUCCUACUGGUGAGCGAUCAGCAAAUCUGA